CCGGUACGAACCCGUCCAAUGCGAGUUCGCAGGCCAACGGCAAAGUGCUCCCGCCGUCGCCAGACCAAGACAAAGAUGACAAAAUUCCCCGGGAGCGGUCGGGCAACAGCAAUCGCUCCUCCUCGAGCACACGGGAGCAGAACCAAACAAGGCCCGCAACGAACAAUAAGGCCACAUCAACACCAGUUGUCCACGUCUCGAAGCUAUCAAGUGUAAAAGUGUCUGGGUCUGGAAGAUUUCUAGAUUUGUCAUGCAUAUUUUCCAUGACCCAUGAUGUCUGUGAUGCAUGCCGUAGCAUCACAGAUUUUUAGAGCGCUUCCUCAUACCUAUUCCGCAUGACAAAUGCCAUCUCCGCGGAGCACAAAGUGACAUCUAACGCCCACUGGCCGUAUACACGCGUAAGAAAUCGGAAACGGUUCAGCGGAUGCGGUCGGGUGGUACCUGUAGGACGUGGAACGGGUGUCCACCUAGGGGUAUUGGCAGAGGCUAAAUCUGUUCUAGCGCCACGGUAUUGGCAGAGGCUAAAUCUGUUCUAACGCCACCCUGACAGGAGUCAAAGGUCAAAGCGAUGCGAUACGAUACGCGGAGCACAAAGUCUACUCCUGUUCCUGGUCAUGCAAUACAAAUCUUUUUCGAAUCCAGAGACAGCAUCACAAGUUUAGAUUCUUCCAGACCCAGACAUUUUUACAUUUGAUAGAAGCAGCGGUCGACGAACAAAAACCUGGUUCUAGACCGGUACGAACUAUCGAAAGGAAAAAUCCCCCCUCCCCAUAUCGAAAUGGAAAUCUGUGAUGCAGGAUUUGUGUACACAAAUCGGAUUUGUCUUGCGGUAGAGGACUGCAGACAGAUACAAAGCCCGGAAAGGGGUGGCUUGGGGUAGCCACUUAGCAUGGCAGAUGUCUGCCCUAGUAGCGUAGCAGCAUUACAAAUCGCCUGCGAAGUGCAGCGGAAGCCCUGGCCUUGCUCUCUUGCAAGACAGACUGGAUUAGCGGCCACGAAUCAGCAUCACAAAUUUCGAAAAGCACGCCUGUUCGAUAUGGGGAGGGGGGAUUUUUCCUCACAAUACGAACUCAUUCCGGGGAAGGAGGGCUGGCUCGGCGAAGGAUCGUUUUCCUCGGUGCGGAAGGCGCGGGACUUGCACGUUUUGAACACUUGUGCAGGCGCUUCUCCGGAAACGGCGGACAACUACUACGUCGCGGUGAAGACGUAUGGGAGUGUCAGGAUUGAAAUCGCCAAACUUGGAAGAACUUGUGUAAUGCAUAAAAUCGAUAAACCAGUUGGAAACCCAAUUUCUAAGCGGCGCAUGACAAAUUUUGGCACCAUCUAGAUCCAGUUUGUCACUCUCCUGCUUAGGGACAGAAGGCGUCUUUUGUCAUGCUACUUGAGCAGCUCUAUCGCAGACCCCAAACAGGCUUACGGUCGGCCUCACUUGCCAUCCCUGCAAGACGAGAGACACUUCGCGCCUUGCAAUUUAUGCAUGAGAAAUUAUUGCAACUGUGACGAUUUCAAUCCUGACGCUUCCAUAAAACGUACAAACGGCCGAGAAUCCCCGUCGCGAAGGACCAGAACGGGAACCCGAAACCCCUCGACCCCGCCACGGAGCACGCGUUCGCGAAAAAGAACGAGGUGAUUCUGAAGAAAUUCAAACGGCAGAUCCACGUCCUGGAGACGUUGCUCGCGCCGAUUGAGUACGACCGGAGCAAGGAUCCGCAAUUCUUCCGGGACGUAGAGCCAAGUAGACUCUUUCUCCGUUUGCUGGACUACAGCAAAGAUGAGAAUGGGGAGCCAGGUACUUGUUCUAGGAUGCUGGUCAAUCAAUAUCAAAUUUCUUGAUGUUGUGUUGUUGAGGAACUACGUCAAUGCCUCCGCAUAAUUUGAUCUAGGUACUAUGCAAGACAUUGCCGCAUCACAACUUCAACUCACCCUACCACGACAGGUCCUGACCCCACCGCGCCUUCGGAGGAAACGGAGAUGGUGGUUGUCACCGAGAUGGCGGACUUUUCCUUGAAGGACUACUUAACCGCCAUAUGAAAUUGCACAACUCCUCCUCCCCCUCAUUUGUCAUGCAAAAUUCCAAAUCCACCCUUUGCCUGUUAGCACUGUUGGCAUGACAGACUCCGGAAUCCAAAAGGAAUUUGUCAUGCAAAAGCUGCAUCUUUUGCUUUUCCAGAGCCAGCGCUUGCGUUGCUGUUCAUGCAAGACAAAUGUGUUGUGCACUCUCAUACGCCAAGCAGUCGGAGCAGGAAAACGCGAACCACAACAGCGGACCGACCACCAAAUCGGUCAUGAACACGAAAACGUUGCGGAAAAUCGCGCACUAUCAAAUGCAAAAAUGUCUGGGUCUGGAAAAAUGGAAAUGCAACUUGUGAUGCUGCGUUUGGAUGUCUAAAAAAUUUGUGUUGCGUGAGCAGCUAAAGAAGGCUAAUUUUUGCUACGCGGAGAGGGCAUUUGUCAUGCGAUAUAGGCAUCAAGAAUCCCUCAAAAAACCUGUGAUGCUAGGGCAUGCAUCACACACAUCAUGGCUCAUGCAAACCGUGCAUGACAAGGCUCAGAAUCUUCCAGAUCCAGACAUUUUUGCAUUUGAUACGCACAACUUCCUUCUGUCCUGCGCGGUGCUGCACAAAAAGGGGCUGGCACAUUUGGAUAUCAAACCGGAGAACCUGAUGAGUUGCCAGGGCAGUUGGAAGCUGAUUGACGUGGACGGCUGUGUGCCGCUGCAAACGGAAAUCAGCAUCAACGACAGUAUUAGGUCUUCAUGUGUCCUCGCGGUGUAGUUUUUGUUGAUUCAUCGAGUGGUCUCUUCUCGCAUCAAGAAUUUGAAUCUAUCAUGCCAUGGCAGCUUGGUCGAGAAGCCGAAAAAGGUAAUUAAAGUUCUACUUCACGUGUCCCAUGCUGAGCACGACAAAGUAUAAAUUCAAAAACUUACUACAGGCACGAUCUCCUUUUCUCCCUGCUAUUGCGCACCGGAGUGGGCUCACUUCUUGAUCGAGGACCUCGAGAAGAUGACGGUGUCCGCCGCGCUUGACGUGUGGUCGGUGGGGGUGUCUCUCCUGGAAUUAAUCGCGUUCGACGCCGUGUUGAAGCCAAAAUACGCCUCGUUGUACAAGGAAACGGGGUCACACCGGAAAGCCGGGUUUCUCUUCCUCGAAUGGUUGUCCUCGAAGGACGAAAAUGCGAUUGAUCGGUUGGACUUGAUCCAGGACAUCCGGAAAAAAGCGGACCCGCUCUUCGUCGAUCUGGUGCUGAACCACAUGCUGAAAAAACACCUCCCAAAUCGGUGGAGUUUGGCGCAGUGUCUCCAGCACUCGUUUUUCACCUCGGGCGGGUUCAUCGAGCGGGCGCUGUCAAAUAAAGGAGAGCAGAAUUAUGCCGGAACAUCAUCUUCGGGCGGGGCGCACAGAACAAGCAACAACAUCAAAACUACCUCAUCUUCGUCCCAGCAGGGGCAGUAUCAAAAUUCAUCCAAGGAGAAGGAACAAAUUGCUUCCGGUGGUUAUACAAGUACUUCUGGUCAACAUCAUCAACGCUCUCCCUUGGGAGCGGACCACAUUACCAGCCCGCAGACCUCGGACCGGCAAAUCAAGUCCGAGUCCAGUUCUAAGGAGCGGGAAAAACAGUUACUGCAGCACCAAGAGCAGCAUCAGACGAAUUUGUCUCUACCGGGGAAGUUGGCGACCACGCCCUCGACGAGCAAAGAAAACCUCGGGAGCGGUGGCGGGGCAUUGCUGGGCACCAGCCCAUCAAUACUUCGGGCGGAUGAGGAAGAGAGAAUGUUGGUGAAGAGCAUUAAGGAGCGACGGAAGGAAAGAGUAAUAGAUUUUAAUUACAUGGAUUCAUCCUUAUCGUAUGUUGAUGUUGUUUCCCAUUUAUUCUUUCUUCUGUUAUGCGCAUUAGGAAAGAAUUCCAUUUAUAGGGCAUCAGCAUCGUGCCGAGACAUGAAUGCGCACGAAAAAAAACUCUCUGUGUCAUCAGAUGGAAGAAGCCACCAACAGCGCCCCAGAGGACGAGAACAAGCCGCCGCUGCUCAAGGGCGUUCUGUGGAAACUGAAUUCCGACGGGGAUUGCGCGAAUCCGGAGCACUGGCUCCGGAGGGAUGUGUGGCUGUCGGCGAACGGGAAUUUGUGCUAUUACUCGCAGAAAAAGAACAAACGACUGAUUUUGCUGGACAACGAAAAUCUCGCACGGGCGGAAAUCAGCAGUUCUUUGAGUACUACUAGAGCGAAUGCCGAAGAUCAUGGAAGUACUACAACAGGUCGGACUACCAGUAGUUUCAGCAACAAUGCCUAUCCGUUUUAUCAACUGUAAAAAUGUCUGGGUCUGGAAACUUGUGAUGCCGGGUGGCGUCUCAUGAUGAGGCUACAAAUGCUGGCCCCGCAUGACAAGUUUCUGAGCUCCUAGGUAUUGCCUAUUCUGCAUGACAAACUGCGCAUCUGCAUCACAGAAAAACGCAGCUCUUGGGUAACGUGCAUGACAGAUUUAAGAGUCAUGCCAGACAAGCAUGACAAACAUAAAUUCUUCCAGACCCAGACAUUUUUACAGUUGAUACGUUUGUGAUCCAGUUGAAAGUGAAACAAAAUCAGAACAACGCGAAGGAUCUGGAUAUGGCAAUGGGAAAUGCUUUUUUCUGAAAACUUUUUUUUUUUGCCACAUAUAAAUUACCCGUCGCGGUGAGUAGAUGGCUUUUUGCCGGAAAAAAUCGACUGCGUGGCAACAGCGUCUGCAGUGGUAUCCUGAGCUCGCUAGCCUGACGGCAAGAAGAUUACCGCACUCGGGGCCCACUGCGUCACGGGUUUGGGUCCGGCGUGGCCGGCGUAGAUGUCGGAAGGCCAGCCCCUGCAGUGCUGCCACUUUAAUGAAAGCAAUACGCGGGCAGCCCAAGGCCGGACGUGCUGCGGGUUGGAGCCAACAGCAGGCCCACGCCCCAGCAGGAGAAACAGGCUCCCGCGCGCAGCUUCAAAAUAAUUCAAAUCCAUACUCGGCAGCGCCGACGACAGUGAUGCCAGGGCCGCGGCGCUCCUCCGGGCCUGGGUCUCGGGGUGCGGUUCUUCGCCCCAGCCUCUUUUGCCAGGGGGCUAGCAGAGUUCCUUCCUCGGCUGCAAGUUGAAGUCCUCGGGGGGUCCCCCCAAGGGGCCCCCCAACCCCCCCCCCCCCUUUUGGGGCCUUUGCCGAGAGCUACUCCCCAUUGAUAUCUCCACGAAGGGGGGUCCCCCAAACCCCCCCCUCAAGGGGGGGCCCGGCCGCGCUUUUUGUUUCCGCAAGUUUGCGGCUUUUGCAAGAAUGCGUCUGGAACAGUGACAGCGCGAAUUCGGCCAAGACGGGGAUCUGUACAGCCUGGCCCGGAACAAACCCAAAGACGCCGAAGUUCUCAGCCUGCUCUGCGUUUGUCUAUUGGGGCACUUGGAAAGCUGGGGCGGGCGACGCCUAGAGGUCACGCGCGUUUCAGACCGCCGCAUCUGAGCGAGCCAUUCAGAAUUUCGCUGACUUACCCCGAGCCUCUGCCCCAUACACAGAAGCCGCGGUGGGGGCAUUGUGUGUCAAGUACCUUGAGCCCAGAGCGCCAAGGACCGAAUCCAUGGCCGCGGCUACUCCGGAGGCCGCAUCUCUUUCGCGUCCCAGGUAGCUAGCUAAGUACCAAGAGCCGCCAACUCGCUUAGACAGAUCUAUUCUGCGUGUGCCCGCUUGUAUGCCUAUGGAGUGCCGUAAGAUCAUAUGUGGCGAAAAAAAAAAGUUUUUUGAAAAAAGUAGUUGAUCCAGUUGAAAGUGAAACAAAAUCAGAACAACGCGGAAGAUCUGGACGCUUCUACUGCGGAGGAUCUCGUCCUCCCGUCCCCAGAUACGGAAAUUCAGCGGUACGCCUGCGAACACAAGGAGGAUCUGCAGAUGUGGCUGAAGUUUUUGGAAAAGGCGGCGCAGAAGAAGAUGAACGAUUAUGAGAGUGCACAACAACUGCUUGCGUUUUCCCGCGGCCUCAUUUGUCAUGCAAAAUACCGAGAGUCCGUGUGCGUGUGCGUGUCCGCUUCUCGCCUGUAAGCAGUCUAUGCACGACAUGACAACAAGCUUCCCACGAAGAACUCGAGCAGUACUAGAAUUGCUGUGCGGAUUAGGUGGAUUUGUCAUGCGGAAGCUACUAGAGCUACUUACACUUCUGGCAAUGCUUCUGUUGCGCAUGCCACUUGUGCUCCUCUUCAAAUUAUGAGGGGAGCGAAUAAAAAGGGGAAGUUGUUGUGCACUCUUAUAAGGAAGACAUCGAAGAUCUUUCCUUUCUGAUGAAAAAGGCGAAGUUAGUGGACAUGAAGCUGCUCUGCCAAAUCCGGAAUAGAAGGGCGAAGAUUCCGGAUGACACCGCCAGUACGGUCGGGUCGGUCAACGACGAAAGUAACCAGCAGAACAAUACGCGUAUACAAGUAUGUCUGGUUCUGGAAGACUGCUGCAAUGUUUGUCUCAUGCUUCGGUGAUAAACGAGAUCGAGAAAACAACCUGUCUUGCCUAUUGCGAUGCAGUUGCAGCCCCCUCUCUUUGCCAUGCAAUAAGAGAUCCAAUUGAAUUUCUCAUGCGCGUAAAAAUUACGGAAGUCAUAGCACUAGCAGCUGAAAAUCUUGUGAGGCGUUGCUCCAUUGAGCAGGAGUCUGCUAGCUUACCAACCACGCAUGAUCAGCGUCACAAGUCUGUUCCAGACCCAAAAACACUUGCAAUUCAUAAACAAUAAUGCUGCCUUGCGCUCCUCUGCGGAACU